AGGCGCAAUAUUCGAAAAGAAAAUUAAAUAUUGGAAUUCUUGUCGUGAACAGAUUUUUUUCUGAUACAAGAAAAAAAAUACAAGACAUGUAAUUCUAACAGUUUACUGCAAUAAAAACCAAAUAUAUGUAGGAUUGCAUUCUUGAAGAGAAGAAAGUUGAAAUGGAAAUGUUAAUGCACAUAAUAAAACCCAGAUGGAAAACAUUUCUUGAUUCAUAACGAAUCAACAUCACAACAUAUUUCAUCACAUUAAAGAUUCUCAAUAGAAUGCAUAAGCCCCUGAAAGCAAUAUGCCUCAGAGAAUUCCAUAUCUUUUAAACCGCAUCUAUUGCCUCAAUCAAAAAAUCGAAAAAAACCCGAAAUAUUUUAAAAUUCGAAAAAAAUCCACCAGACCCAAAAAAUCCGCAAAUCAGAUUAAAAUCCGCCGAUUAUCAACACAGGUAUGUGUGAAGGAGAUAAUUUGGAUUAUAUUUGUGUUCUGUGGUGUCAAAUGUCAAUGAAGUGUCUACAAUUUAAAACUUGAAUGUCAUAAUUCAUAAAUUAAAUGUUUUCAUCGUAGAUGUACAGAAUUAUAUUAAAAAAAUUCUAAAUUUUUCCUGAAUUGAUCGUAUAAUUGAAUUGAAAUGACAAUCGAUAGUGUUCCAUCGGCUCAAAUUCCUGUUCAGUCUGCAAAUAGUUUAGCUGCUAGAAGAGAAGCAAGAAGAAGGAAAAUCUUAGAAAAUGCAGAAAAUCGUUUGAAGAAGUUGACUGGUGUAGAACAAAAGUCUCAUGUUCUCAUUGAUGAUUAUCGGCCUAUUGAUUAUGAAGAUACAAAUACAGAAAAUCAAAUUGAACACAAUAGGCUUGCAAAAGAAAACCUUUCUAACAUAGGCAUGAACCAUAUAAGUCCAAGUUCUUCCUCACAAUCACCACUUAAUGAAAACCCAUUAAAUGGAGUUGGUAAAUUGAAAUAUACCAAACUUGGCAAUCUGGUGGGAAUCUCAUUCUUAGCAAAUUUGUUUACAAUAUUGUCUAAAAUUUUCUGUGAUGAAACUGAAUCGAAUAUUGGUCUCAAUAUGAUUUUUUUGCCGUUUUUAGGAUUCAAAUGUUUAGAAUACUUUUUACAAAAAGAUGUUAUACCUGAAACUAAUAUUUUUCAAUUACUUUUAGUGGCAAAUCUACGAAAUGAUGUUUUCAAGCAAAUAUUUGUGUAUACUCAAUAUUUGACUAGUUUUACGCAAGAUUUAUGUAUUUAUUUUUUUAUCUUUGUAUGUGUAAAUCAAUUGUUCAAAUUAAGUUUAAUACUAAGAUGAUACACAUUUAAUUGAAUUUCUUAUUAGAUCUAAGUCUAUUUUCAUAAGAAAUUUUCUAUAUUAGUUCAUACAAUAAAUUGUUCCAAAUUACUUUUAUCGAUUACAAUAUAGUAGCAAUGAUGAGAUCUGCAAAAUAUUGACAUUGUGGUUAAGGUAUUAAGCGCUGCCUGAGAGGACUUCACCAUAAGAUCUAUCUUAAGUAAGAGAUUUUCAUAAUAUAAUAAUAGACAUCUUAAUAUAAACUCAAGACAUUCAAAUAUAUAUUUGUUUUCAGAAAUAACAUGCACAAAGACAAUGAAUUAUAAAAAAAUGAGAGAAUGAGAAUUGCAGUCCUUCUAUUUUAAUGCACAUAAGAGUCUCACAAAUCUAAUUUGAAUGUUUUACACAAGAGAAAUUGAAAUACAGGACUGUGAUUCAUCAGUUUUACAGAUAUCUUAAAUUUUCAUAUUGCAAUAUUUUAGGAUGGAAGUUUAUCUGAUAUUUUCAGAAAAAACAUGAAUAUCGAGAAAUAUACACUAGGACUAACAAAACUUUGCUUAUUUUGAAAACUCAUUGGGCUUUCUGAAAAUAGGCAUUAGAUAUAUAAAAUGUUUAUGAUGCUGGAAAUGACCACCUCUCUCUAAACAUUUUUCACAUCUUUUUGUGAUGGCAUUGAAAACAUUAGCGAAUGUAUGACUAUGGGGUGAAUUGUUAACUUUUUCAUACUUUUCGUUAUUUCGGUCCUUCAGUUGGACCAGAUAUAGUUCCUGCGUCUGAUCGCGUGAGGCCGCUGAUGUUAGCAUGCCAGUAGGUAGAAUACUUUCAUUGCUGGCCAACUUAAAGUAAAAACAUCAAACUGAUAUUCUGUGGUUCUAAUCAUUCGAAAGCUGCACAAUUCCAAAAACCCCGAUAAAGGGAACAUAGAUAGAAGAAGAAGAGAGCUACACAAUUCUGUGAAUUUUAUAACCUUCAAUUAAUAAACUCAAAUUUCAAACUGUUUAUAGUAUAGCAAUUUGUUUUAUUUUUAAUUUCUAUACUUCUUGUGAACUUACAUGAAGAAAAUACCAUGAACCAAAAGGUCUCAUCAAAUUUACAGAAAAUGGAGACACCGGUUUUGAGUAAAUCUCAAAAAAAAAGAUCUCUCUCUGGAAAAAAAUCUAAGAAAGAAACUAUAAAAAAUGUAGUGGUUGAUCCAUACCAGAAUUAUUGGCCAUUAGUACAAAGUGAAUUGGAGCAAUUGACAAAUACUUUGAAAGAUAAUCUUCCCAGAGUUAGACCCUUAAAAAUUAAUGUUCCUUGGAGGCUUCUGCAAGAUAUUCCUAAAGGUGAUAGAAAAAUUGUUAGGGAUAAUUACAUUGGAAAACAUUCUUCUGGAGAAAAAUUUACGAAGAGCGAGUUUUUGAUGUUUGGAGUGAACGAAGUGACAAAAUUUCUGGAGAUUGAUGCAUGCUCUAUUGUUUUAAUUGCAGAUGUUAAGCCCAGAAUGGUUGUAAAGCACAUUGUUGAAAUGGCAGUGCUUAAAAGUGUACCAGUUCUGGUUGUUUCUACUUUGAAGCAAAUUUUGAAGGAUUCCUGUGGCUUGGAAAGUAUGGCAUUCGCUAUCAAAAAAAGUGUUCCAGAUACAUCUACUUUAGCAAGGAUUGUAAACACUGUAGUUGAAAUAAGCAAGAAUUAUCCACCCAGUGCAAACCAUAUAAACUUGACCAGGAGUAAUAUUUUUCAAGAUAAGAACGAGAAAACCCAAUAUAAUUUAAAUAAGCCUGCUGAAAUCAAGAAUGAAGUGAAACCACUUAAUUAUCACCUUAUGAGAACAUCCCCCAAUCAGAGAGUAUUUGAAUUAAGUGAAAAUGAAAAAGAUAUUGUUUUAACAAAAGUUAAUAGAUAUGAAAAUAUACAUUCUGCAGCAAAUGAGUUACACUAUGAUAAAUUGAAUGAAGCUUUAGGGAAAAAGAAAAUGAAGAAGCUUUAUAAAGCUUUAGUUGUCAAAAGGUUGAAAGGAAAUAAGAAUCGACAUAAGGACAAAGUUAAAUAAUUGAAAAUUAAAUGAAUUGAAUCAUUUUAGUGAUCAUUGCAACAACCUAAGAUUAAGGUCUCUGUUCUACAAGUAAUGAUGAACACAAAAUAAUUAUUACUAUAUGGAGAUGCUCCAAUAUCAAAUGAAAGUGACUAGUUUAUUUUAUAAUUGUUAUAUUGAAAUUUAUUACUUAUUUUUUUACUAUUAAACUGCUGUCUAUAUUG